CUUUUUCAUUUUAUAAUUAUAUUGAAGUCUCCUCACACUACAUUAUAUCUAUUUAUUAAUUUAGUUUCGAGUCGACACAAAACUAAAUUCAGUUUGUUAAUUUAAUUUCGAGUCAACUCAGAAAUUAAAACGAAACUAUACUUUCGUAACGGUCCUUGCUAAAAACUAUAAUUAUUUUUAAACAAAAAAUAUUUUCAAACAAACAAAAAAUAAUUUUUAAACAAACAAAAAAUAAUUUUCUCAUAAUUGAAUUUUUUGAACAGUAGAAAAAUGGAGGACUCAAGAGGAGUUAGGAGAGGGAAAUGCGAUUGUGGAAAUUGUGACGAAUUCGAGUGGAUUAUAGGAUCCAAUUCUUCACAGUGUUCUUAUUGCGGAUGUUUUCCAACAAAGCACAGAAUAAUAAAAGGAAGGAAUGAAUCACAAGAUUUUGAUACCAUAAACGCUGAACAACAAAGUAAUGUUUCAUCUCAAGAAAUUAAAGAUGCUUUAGAUUCGGACAUUUGGAUUGAUGAUGGUCAAAAUUUUCGGCCUUACUCAUCACCUGCAAUUGUAUCUUUCAAUGAGAAAAAUGGAAUUCAAGCUUCUCAAAACGCUUCAUCAAAUACGAAGAGUACGGAUGAGAUUAGAAACAAGCCGUUUCCAAACGAUAAACAAUUAUCACGACAACCUUCUACAUCGAUUUCCGGCAGUGGUGAAAAAUCAAAAAGAAAAAACCCUUCAUCUCUUCAGCUUACAAUAACUUUCAAAAAUAAUGAGAAUUACGUGGAAAGUAUAAUUCCGAAGAGCUUUCCUCACAAUAUAGACAACGUUAUAAAAAGUGGAGUAGUAUUGCUAAGUACCCAAAAAGCCAGCAUAAUUAGAGAAACUACAAAAGCAAUAAUUCACAAGAAGUUGAGCACCGAUAAAGAUAUAGUCGAGGAUGUGGCUAAAUUGUUGUGUCAGAAGAUUCCUACAUUGAAGGGAAAGUUUGGAUUGAAACAUGAAGAAGUACUCACGAAAAUGAACGAAUGCAUUAAAAACCAUGCUCGGUAUGCAAGAAAAAAAGAUACAGAAGACAUUAGCAUACAAAUCUUGUGUACUGAGAUGGAGAAGGAAGUGAAUAGUGUUGGAGCAAAAUCAAUUAAUGUAAACAAAUUAAAACAAUUGUUGGAGAAGACACGAAAUAAAAGAGGCCUCGAAAGAAAUCAGCGUCUUACAUAUUUACUACGUAUCCAGCUCUGCGAAUACAAGAAUUAGUAAAGUAUUUUCGAACAUGACAAACUAAAUUCAUUAGAUUCACUUCUUUUAAACAAA